UUUAUUACAACGACAAAAGAACACACACACUGCGGUCGCUUGAGGUUGCCCUUGUCAAUUUUGUGAAUCCCACAACCAAAAUAGAGGAAAAAAAAUUAAAAAAAAAAAACUUCAAUCGUCGAGAGAAACGAAGGAAAAUGCAGCAUCAAGGAAAGAGUAGUGGAUCUGAGAUGGAGGUGACGUGGCAGGACCAGCAGAACAUUAAUACCUUCAGCCGCUUCAAUAAUCGAUUCCAUGAGCUCGAAGACGAAAUCAAAUUCGCCAAGGAAAAGUGUGAUAAUCUAGAAGAUGCGGGGAACGAGCUGAUCCUUGCUGAUGAGGAGAUGGUGCGGUUUCAAAUAGGAGAAGUCUUUGCUCAUCUGCCCAAGGACGAGGUGGAAACGAGGAUUGAAGAGAUGAAAGAGGCCACCUGCAAAACCCUUGAGAAGCUCGAGCAAGAGAAGCAAUCACUCGUCUCACAAAUGGCUGAGCUUAAGAAGGUGUUGUAUGCUAAGUUCAAGGAUUCUAUCAACCUUGAAGAAGAUUGAAAGGGGCUUUCAACCAACUUGCGUUUCUUUCUCCAAUACUCUCUGUGUUACCGAGUGUCGAAACAUAUUGGUUUUUGUACAACGAUAUACAUUUUCAUUUGCAUUAUUAAAUCUAUCAAUCACCAGAAAUUUAUUGAAA